AGUCAUGCAGGGAGUUCCGGUCAACUCAGAAGUUACGCACUCUAGAACGUAAAUAUCGAUAUGCUCUAGUUUCCGUUUGGGCCUAGUUUCCGGAAAGGAACUGUUGCUGCUGAAUCUGCGAGAUGAGUACUAUGUUCGCUGAUACUAUCCUUAUUGUCUUCAUUUCGGUCUGCACCGCUUUGUUAGCGGAGGGCAUAACAUGGGUUCUGGUGUAUAGAACAGAUAAGUAUAAAAGACUGAAAGCGGAAGUGGAGAAACAGAGUAAAAAAUUGGAAAAAAAGAAGGAAACAAUUACAGAAUCAGCUGGCCGACAGCAGAAAAAGAAAAUAGAGAGGCAAGAAGAGAAACUGAAGAACAACAAUAGAGAUCUGUCAAUGGUUCGCAUGAAGUCCAUGUUUGCCAUUGGUUUUUGUUUCACUGCUCUGAUGGGAAUGUUUAAUUCCAUAUUUGAUGGAAGAGUGGUUGCAAAACUCCCAUUCAUACCACUUUCCUACAUUCAGGGUUUGUCUCAUCGUAAUCUUCUGGGUGAAGAUUGCACAGAUUGUUCCUUCAUCUUUCUCUAUAUUCUCUGCACUAUGUCUAUUCGGCAGAAUAUUCAGAAGCUGUUGGGUCUGGCUCCUUCCCGAGCUGCCACCAAGCAAGCUGGAGGAUUCCUUGGCCCCCCACCUCAAGCUGGGAAGUUCUCCUGAAAUAAGAGAAAUACUUUUAUCUCUCUUGCCAAUGAAAAUAUUUAAAAAUAUUCAGAUUUUAUAGAAACGUUUCUAAAAAUAUUUUGGUACCCAAGAUAUCUAGUAACAUCUAUUUUAUGAAUUGAACCAUAUUGAAUAGAUAUCUUUGGUUGUCUCUCAGUUUCCAGGAUGGAGCGAAGGUACUUUCAUGAAAAUUUUAAAAUCUGGAAAAGCUUGUAAGAAUACAUAUUGAACUUAAAUAUGGGAUGGGGAUUCAUAUAAAGUUGGAGUUUUUUAAAGACAUGAUUCCACUCUUACUGAUAAACAAAAAAGAAUUUCCAUUAUGCCUAACUAUUUGUCUUCCCUCUUGCUGCCAUUUUUCACAUGUUAAUUUAAUCCAACAUUAACUGGAUUUCUCUAGGAAUUUAUAAGAAAGAUCAUACAUUGUCACAAUAUUUGAUAUUAAUGGAUAAUGGAGGCUUUAUUAAAUUAUGACAGAAAAUUUGGCAGGAGAUACUUAACCUCCAUUAAUUAUUGUAAUUUUAUUUUAUAGAAAUAAUCAACAAUUUUUUCCUCAGAGCAUAUUUCUAGAUGUUUAUUGUAUCUCCUUUAUUUUCCCUUUUGAAAGCUAAAGAUGCCCAUCUCUUUUAGCCAUUCCUCACUGAGCUUGGUUUCCAGAAACAUUAUUACCUUAGUAUCUCUUCUGAAACCAUUCCAACUUCUGCAAUGUCUGUUUUAUAGCAUGAUAUCUAGGACUGGACUCAAUAAUCUUAAUUGUGGUCCAUUCAGUGCUGAAUAUAAUACAAGUACCAUACUACCUGUUUUGAUCUGGAUUCAGUGCCUCUGCUAAUACAGCUUACCCCUCCACUAGCUGCAUCACACUAUUUAUUCUUGUUUAUCUGGCUGUUCACUAGAAAGGUGAAUCUUUACAGUUGUAGCUAAUCUGCUUAGGUAAAUGUCAUCUGCAAAUGUUGUGGCUGUCCUAUGCUAUUCUAGGUUCAUUUAUAAAGACACUGAAGAGUA